AUGUCUUCUCACUCCCCUUCCAACCCCAAUACCCAAAAGUCGCUCGCGAAUGAGUACUCGGUCCAAUUCCACGACGGCCCUGAUCUCUCUCAUGAGCAGUUUCUUGCCCAUACCGUGGGUAUUCACGCCACGGCGCAAAAAUUCUCAACAGCCGCCAAUCAAUACGCCGGUGUCAUCCGGCACUUCAACAUCGGGUCCGGGUUUCGAGCCUUCCAUGGACACCUUGACCCCGAGCACGUUGAGCAGCUAAAGCAGCUGGACUUUGUGAGACAGCUUGCUCAUUUCCAACCAUCAAGAGCUCUACUGAAACAACAACAACAACAACAACAACAACAACAGAUCAAGCGCGUUGAACCCAACGCCCAAGUCACCACCCAAGCCAAUACCAUCUUCAAUCUCCUCGCGCCGACCAACUCCAAAAGAGACAGCAACACCAAUGAGCCACCCCCAAAAGCCCCCCAUUUCAACCUCAAAACCAACGUCCAACCAGCCCAAAACUGGGGCCAAUCCCGCCUCUCCCACUUCCAGCCCAACCAGGACUCCUCCCCCCCCCCCCCCCCUUCCAAUUCUACAAAGUCCAAAGUCUGUUUUGGGCCUAACUUCACCGUCCCACCCGACCACCCAGAUCGCUUCAACUCCGCAGGGAAUGAUAAUAACUUGACAGAGCAUCUCUCGCCUGCUUUGUGUCCUGAUGCGAUUACUGUUGCGGCCACGGACCAGAAUGGUACCAGAGCUGGGUUUUCCAGUUAUGGGAAGGGGGUUGAUAUCUUUGCUCCCGGGGUGGACGUCAUGUCGGCUGGGUUUGGAGAUAAUCAUGCCAGUGCGGUGAUGAGCGGGACGAGCAUGGCUGCUCUGCAUGUUGCUAGGUUGGCGGCGUAUUUCAUGAUGGUCUAUGGGGCUCAUACGCCCGAGGAGGUGAGGCAGAGGCUCAUGGAUGCUGCUCUCACGCACGUGGUCAAGGACAAGGGAGAGGGAAGUGCAGAUGCAUUGGCGUAUAAUGGAAUUGAUUAUUCGGGGGGCGGUGGGGAUUGGUAA